CAGAACAACGCGCUGAUGCGUCCUUCACAGCGCGAGCUCGGCAGGUCGCUCUGAUCUGCACAUCGCCUGUGCGUGCUGCUGCUGGCUGACCGCGCGCGCUCGCUCGCUCUCUCCCUGCUCCCCAUCUCGCGCACCUCCACUCCAGCCACCUCUUUGCCCGCACUCCGAGCGAUGACCACAAGAGACAAGACGGAACAAAAGUCGGGGAGCAACGGCGAAGGAAUAUAAGUGAAAGAUGGACGGAUGAUGAAAGGACGGUUAGUUGGCAGACAGACAGGAGAACCGCUGUCGCAGAGGACGAGGAGGAGGAGGAGUGGAAGGGACGGAGGCACAUCUGCCGUGACUUUGGGGAUUUCUCUCCGGCAAAGUGGGGAGAAAAAGGGGAGACGCCACAUUCUUCGGAUGCCAAAAUUAACCGCGUGUGAGAGAAAUGAUUAACGUGUCGGAAUUACCGUGAUGAACAACGUGUCGAUUUUGGCGACCUUUUGUUAUUUUUCUGUUUUGCAAUUUCGUCAGUUAAGGUAACGUCUGCUUUAACAUAGUUGCGGAGUCAAGCUAACGGCUAAAAUAAGUAAAUAGCCUGCUGUUGUUAGGAGUUCUCUAUUUGUAGCUUAUAUUUUUAUUUGUAGCAUCCUUUGGAGAGUGUUGGCCUCCCGGGGAGCAGGGUGGAUUUGUUUUGGGGGGUAAAGGAGGACGGUUUUUAAGAGGCGACACCCCCACCUCCUCCUCCCCCUUACAUAAAUGUUUGCGUGCCGUUAGUGCUCCCGUUCUCGGUCGACCCCUUCGCUCCCCCCGAAUAGGUUGCAGAGUCUCACACGCAGACAGUCGCAACUCAUAUGCACACAUAGAGACAGGCAGACCUGGACAUUAUCUCACGCGCACACACAUCUCAUAUGCAUACAUAAUUAUACAGACCCCCCCUCACCCACCCAACCCUCCACCAACCCUCUCAGCCCCCACUAUCUGAUGACUCCCCGGCGUAGAGGUGGACCUGGUACGGAACCGACUGUAGCAUUAUCAUCAUCAUCCUCCUCAACACUACCACUGGCAUCAUCACCAUCCUCCUCCUCACCACCACCACCACCACCACCAUGUCCUCGUCGUCGCGCAAGAUCUCCUCCGAGUCGUUCAGCAGCUCGGUGGGCUCGGACUGCGGGCUCGAAAGCCCCGGGGGAGACGGAGGGGACGGCGGUUUGGAGACGGCGGAGGAGAGCCGAGGCUGCCCCUUCUCCUCCUUCCCCUCCUCCCACAGAGCGGUGCUCUGGAACGGCCGCAGCCCCGCCGAGAGGUCGGCCUGCCCGGCGGGCGAGGAGCAGCAAGGACCCGGUGGACCCCACAAGAGGGUCACCAGGAGGAGGCGGGUGAACCUGGACUCACUGGGGGAGAGCCUGAGGCGACUGACCUCACCCAUGACACAGACUGUUCAGGAGGCUCUACAGCGAACUCUACAAUUCUACAGACAACAAGAGAUCAGGUGUCAGGAAGUUGGCAGCGAGGAGAGGCGAAGAGAGAGGAGAGAGGAUAAGUGCCCUUUUCUAGAAAAUUCUGGUUCAGAAGAAGAUGUCUUACAAAUCCUACAGUACAUGGCCACCAUACUGGGAGUACCAUUCUGUGAGCUGCGAGAGCAUUUCGGAGAGGAGUUCUUUGGCCUCUGCUUUGAAGAAAAUGAACGAGUGCUCCGGGCUGUAGGCGGCAACCUCCAGGACUUCUUCAAUGGCUUUGAUGCCCUUUUGGAACACAUUCGCACCUCCACGGGGCGCCGUGCCUCAUCUGAGAGCCCCUCCUUCCAGUGCAAGGAUCCCUACGAGGAGGAGAAAGGGAGAAGAAAAUUGGACAAAGUUGGAGAGCGAGGAGAAGGAGAUGGAAGAGGGAAGGUGUUGCUUCUUCAUUGUUUCAACCCUGCCCCUGUUGUUGGAUUGGUCAUGCCAGGGUUGAUCAGAGCUGUUGCCAGGCGGAUCUUUCAUUCAGAAGUUGAGGUGGAAGAGGUGCCACCUCUAACCCCCUUAUUGCCCAAUGAAGAUACAGAACACACAGAUGGUGACUCCACAACCCCCACUCCGACUGCGUCCCCCACUGCCUCACCCUCCUCGUCCCCGUCCCCUCCCUCUCCUUUCCAAACCUCUAUUCCCACAGUUUGCUUGUCCUUCCAAAUCCAGGAGACAUGCCCACCUUCCCUCUCCUCCUUCCCAAAUGCUUCCCCGGUGAGCACUAAACGGCCCCCCCUCUCACUCUCCACCAACCCCAGUGAUCUGUGCAUCAGCCUGGCCACGUUUUGCCGUGCCUUUCCAUUUCACCUUGUCCUGGGGCCUCGCAUGGAGCUACUGCAGCUUGGAGAAGGAUUGAGGAGACAGGCUCGCAUUGAGCCUCACCGGAGCCUCUCGUUCAGGGACUGUUUUGAGAUUGUCUCACCCAAGAUGGAGCCUUCGUUCCAGGGCAUCCUCCUGAGGCUUGCAUCCCCAUUUACCAUCCGUACCAGACCCGAUGGCACCAAGGAGGCUGGCACCAAGGAGAAGGUCAUGGAGUUGAAGGGUCAGAUGAUCCAUGUGCCCGAGUCCUGCUCCCUGAUGUUCCUGGGCUCGCCACGUGUUGAUAAAUUGGAGGAGCUGAUGGGCAGGGGCCUCCACCUGUCAGAUAUCCCCAUCCAUGAUGCCACGCGGGACGUUAUCCUGGUGGGGGAGCAGGCCAAGGCACAGGAUGGCUUAAAGAAGAGAAUGGACAAACUUAAGGCCACAUUAGAGCGGACUCACCAGGCACUGGAGGAGGAAAAGAGGAGAACCGUGGAUCUCCUUUAUUCCAUAUUUCCAGGUGAUGUGGCACAGAAACUGUGGCAGGGUCAGCCAGUGCCUGCUCGCAAAUUUGAUGAUGUUACCAUGCUGUUCUCGGACAUCGUGGGUUUUACUGCUGUGUGUGCCCAGUGCACACCUAUGCAGGUCAUCUCCAUGCUGAAUGAGCUUUACACACGCUUCGACUACCAGUGUGGCAUUCUGGAUGUUUACAAGAUCGAGACAAUAGGUGAUGCCUACUGUGUGGCAGGAGGACUUCACAAGAAGGUUGAUAGUCAUGCGAAGCCAAUUGCACACAUGGCUCUGAAAAUGAUGGAACUGUCCGAGGAAGUGCUGACACCUGAUGGGAAACCUAUCAAGCUAAGGAUAGGUAUCCACACAGGUUCGGUGCUGGCAGGCGUGGUCGGGGUUAAAAUGCCACGUUAUUGCCUGUUUGGGAACAAUGUGACACUUGCCAGCAAGUUUGAAUCGGGGAGCCAUCCGAGGUGUAUCAAUGUUAGUCCCACAACUUACCAGUUGCUGAAAGAUGAUCGCUCUUUUUCAUUUGUCCCUCGUUCACGGCUGGAGCUCCCGGAGAAUUUUCCCAAAGAGAUCCCGGGGACAUGUUACUUCCUGGAGGCGGGGACGUCUCACAGCCAUGCCUCAUUGACCAGCUCUCGCUCCGCCCCCCCGGCCUCUAUGAGGAAAGUCUCCUACAGCAUUGGGACCAUGUUUCUAAGAGAAACAAGUCUGUAGGUCCCAUACACAGACUAGGAUACACAGAUAUUCAUUAUGUGAGAGGCUGGAUUUGAACCUGUGGACUAUGCAGGAAAACAGAUCACACAGAUCUUUGGAUAUGCAAAUGCAUUAUGAGUAAACUUGGAUUCAGACCUGUGGGAUGGCCUAUAUGUAUGAAACUUUAAAAAAAAUGCUCUCAUCAUAAGUGAAAAAGAACCGCAUGCCCUCAUCUCCCCCUGAGCAAGGGAGUGAUGGUUCAAAAGACUUGAACAGCAACUGUGUUAGUCUCACAUGGACCCUUCCCCAAGGAAGUGUACUGAUGACGUCAAUUAGCAGAGAAACCUUAAUAUAAAACUUAAUGAUCUAGCUGGAUUCCUCAGCUUCAUACCUGGUUUCUAGCUCUCUCCAGUGGUCCUCUCAUCCAGAUGUUACCCUGACCUGGAUCUAGAGGCAACAAUGCUUGGAGAAAAUCUGGAGAGAGACCAUUUACAUGACCAGUGUUGCACUCAUUAGCAAUGGAAUUGCGCAAAUAGAACAAAUCCACUUUUCAUUAACAAAGUGGAUGCUGAGGAAUGAAAUUGUAUGAACUUUUAGAAGAUGGCAACAUUGCCACAAAAGUUUGCUGUGCAUCAUUGCCUCUUGUACAAGGAAGACCACUACUGAAGAACAAUACAACUCCCUUUCCUCCCCUUCCAACUGUCCCUAAGUCAUGUCAUGCUUUACCAAACAUACAUAUGUCGAACAUCUGCUGCUCGUUACAUCCAUCUGUCCACUUAGGACCAGUUGUUUGGUGUGGGGGGAGACAAAUGAGAGGCACAAACAAGGAAAUAGGUUUGAAAAGGGUUCAUCUAAGGACAAAUGCCAAAAACGCUAGUACUAAGCUGAUCUUAGAGCCUUUUCUGCUUCUAACCCACAACAAACUAAAACCAAGAGCAAUCCAGCCAUUUCAUUGCAGGUAAUAUGUUUAGGACUGAAAAUCAUUCCCAGCUCAGUGCCUUUUUACUGCUCAAAUCAGGACAAAUACAAGAUGGAUUCAUUUUAAAUAUUUGAAAAGAAUAAAAAACAUAACGAGUGCUUCAAUUAUCUUGUUUCUACUUGUUUUAAGAAGUUUUUAUGACAUGUGCCAAAGAUAAUGAGCCACAUUUGAACCCGUGAAGUUGCAAGUCACGGCAGGCGCCUUAUCCCACCGAGCCACCGUUGAGUCUUGACUAGUUGUGUCUUUAAUUUUGAGGCGGUCGCGGUCGUGAUUGGCUGGCAAGAUCAAUCAAGCGCUCCUCAAAGAGUUCAAAUAUUUAAAAUUCUAUUCAUCUGUUUUUUGUUCAGAUCAUCCAAUAAUACAUACAAUAUAGUACUAAUAAUAUAGUACUAUACUAACUUCUACACAUAGUCACAGUAUGCAUGCUUGACACAGUUCACAUUUACAUACAUAAUCUUUUUUAAUAGCAUUUUUUUACCACAUGGAUAUAAAAGUAUAUACUAUCCCCAUGCAAAUGUAACCAACACGAUUCAAAUUCAAGUCUACUAGUUUGCUGGUAGACUGAGUAUGAUUUACUCAGUGGAAAUCUCAGGCCUUCCAAAUACGUCAGCGUAGCUCAGUAACCCAAACCUGGGAGAAUAAAUGUCAGAAUAAUUGUACGUUUUUGUCUUCGUGAAUCAUCAUAAACUGCCAUCAUAAAGACAGACUGGGCACAUUUGGAUACUUACUUAAUGUAACACACGUCACCUUGCUGCCAUUGUUCUCUUUGGUUGUUGACAUCAGUGAAGUACAAGUCACAUAUCAAGUUGUAUCAGUUUGAAUAGCUGACUGUUACAGGCCCACAAUGGAGAGAAAAAACUAUUUGUAGGAGGCAUUAGUUUCCAUGAAAUAUUACAUUUUUAAUGUCGGUAGAAAAGUUUUGAUUAUCAAAAGAAGUACACAUAGAUUUGUCAACAUCACAUCCUAAUUUUAAUUUAUUAUUGAUCACUCUAAAAAAGUUAUGAAAUAAUCUAGGUUGUUUAAAUUUGAAUAAGUGGUACUACCUCUGUGUGCUUACCUUCUCGGUGUAAAAAAAAAGUAAACAUUUUUCAAUUGUACAACAUCACAAUAUGCCGCAAGUUACUGACAAAAUAACUUUAAUAACUAAACUGUUAUUAACUGCUCACAGUACAUUUUUAACAGUGGAAAACUCCAGCACAGGUUUUUUAUUCAUGUUUAAAUCACAAAGGAAUGGAAAUGGGAAAAGCAUGUUGCAAUUUCACUAUAUCUUGACAUACUGGUGGCUAAACCUCUAAAAGAUCAAAUAAAAUGUGCCAAUUCAAGUCUGAGACACCUCCAGCAGGGACUAAUCUUGCUUUUUAAGUAGAGGUUUAGUUCUUGCUGUCUGUUAUGUACGUUCUGUUGUUAAAGGGCAGGACCAGCACAGUGACAGCCAAACACUUUGUCAACUCACUGGCCUUGGCAGGAACAUGUGCUGGCUAUGCUAUGUAAAACACAGCUUGUAGGAAAACAUCAGCAGGGUAAUUUACUUCAGACACAAAAACUAAUGCCCAUCUGGCCAAAGGUUUCACCCACUAAAGGGCACUGUGCCCUCUAACUGAGAUUGACACCAGCAUAACAAAGCACUGUGCCAUGUUUGAGGAAAGGAUGGGAGGAGGAGAAAUAGAAAAGUCAAAAAAUUCCCUUUUGACCUGCCAGUGUUUGAACCUGUGAUGGGUUAGAAGUGCUAGAAAACUAUGCUCAUAGGUCAUUAUUGCCAUAAAUAAUUCAUACAGCUGUCAUCAGAUUCUCUGACAGCAGUAGCAUCAGAAAGCUUGAAAUGCUUGCACAUUUACAGCAUGUUCUGUAAAGGUCCUGAUACAUUUUGGCAAUGAAAAUAGACAUUUUUGAGAAUAUUUUUCCGUAUGCCGCAUAGUUUUAUUCAUAUUUACUGUAAACAAAAAUAACUAUAACCUAUUUUCAAAAUUGUUUCCUGUCGCUUUAAGUAUACUAUGCAGUAUAGAACUAACAAUGGACUAAAUAUCAAUUACACCUAAACAUACAGUAAAUCCAAUCAGUCUAACACAUGGGAGCAUAGUUUUUUGCCUAAAAAUAUCAGGAAUUGUAACACAAAGAAAUUAUGUGUAUUAACUCCAAACUAGGUACUAUUGUUUAGUGGGUCAACCUUGUCAUUUUAAGCCUAGACAAUUUAUCUACAAUAUAAAUUGACAGAGACAAAUAGCAACUCAGAAGUUAAGUCAUACAUUCCUUGUGGGGGCUUGCUACAUCUGUUAGAAAUCAGCAUAAUGUUGUUCAUAUUUAAAACUGUUCCUGAGACCAAAAGGUCGUUAACAUUCAUGUUUUUUGUGAUAUUAUAGAGGACCAGAAUCUGUAAAACCCACCUGAGACAUCAGUGAAACACACAUCCUGUAUCUGUAUACAUCAGUGGCUCAGAAGAUUAGCACUUUAACAUUUCUCUUUAUAGUAACGUUGACAAGUCUGCCUAGCAAAAGUGAAUUCUGCUUCAGUAUAAAUUGCCAAAUACACUAGACAAUGGUUUACCAAGUUUUCCAAGAGCCUGAGGGAAGUUUCCCAUGUCUUUAAGGCCUGGGAAAGUGGAUACUGGUUAGGCUUAUUAUUGCUCUGAUGAUUAAAUAAAGUAUAAUUUCACAAAUGUUUGAGAGACCACAUGGAGCAUUUUAUAGAAAACAACAGUUUUCAAAGAGGUACCCGAAGUGUCUUUAGCUCUAUUUUAGCUGGAAAAAUCCCAUAUGGACCAAUGAACCCAUACCCUCGUGCAUAAGCUUAUUAUAGUGGGUUAAACCAGAAACACAGGACAAAUUGCAAUUUGAUGCUACUCAUGGAAGAAGAUAUAUGGCAACUCAGCCUCAGAGGCUGCAAUACCUACAGUAAGAGUACACUCCAGUCCAGGAAGCAAGUAGUGGAGAUUAGAUAAAUAUAAUUGAAGAAUAAUGACGAAGUAAUGGUCAAUUAUGACUACAAUGUGAUAUAAUAAUGAUAGCCAUGCUUGAUAGUUAAGCUGACUAGUUGCCAUUGCAAACCUAGUCUACAGUGUUAACUUCUGGAGAUUUUAAAAAGAGCAUAACAGUUUCAACCGGUUUUACUCUGACUUUAUGUCCCCACACACCCAAAAGUAGGUGCGACUCCUGCUACAAGGAGACGAUGACCAACACAUUUUAAUUGUAAAAGUACAUAAGGAAGUGCAAACACUGUUAAAUCGACUAUGGGGAAAAAUCUGUGCAUGUACACUACCAUUGUAUUGUAAAGACUGCAUUUCCUUAGGGUCCUCACAAGGUAGGUGAACCUCUCUUAAGUGUAUGUGACAGUUGCGUCAUUGAGCCUGAGGUAAGGUUUUCCCAAGGCAGACUUUCACAUAUAGGGGCACACAAGAUGACUGCCAUCAUGACAAUAUUCUAUAAUGCAUACAUGCAUUAAUGUGUACUUGUACAAAAUCUAUUGUAGCAUAAAUGUAGUGCAGGUGUUAUUUACACUCAACUUCAGCAGUGGCUGAAUUCUGCAUCUUGGCUAAAUAAAGGACAUUACAUCAGCACUACACCUACGCAACUUGUGUCCAACGCUCAUGUCUCCAAGUCUGUAAAUUCUUGGCAUAAUAUUAAACAUUUGGUCAGAUCUCGCUGUCUUGCCGUUAAGAUGCGGAGGUGUUGCAGGUACCGGUUCUCUACAGUGUUGUUGUCAGUCACAGUUACAGUGGCAGUACAACUGAGCUGCACUGUAUAAGCUGUGUCAAACAAUGAACAUGAACAAAUGUUGUCAUGAGCCUGAGGUAAGUGUGGGAGGGUCCAGUGUCCAGUGGGACAAAGCCAAAUACACCCGUAACUCCAGCAACAGUUGCCUGUGAGAGUCAAAAUGUACAAACAUAAUCAUUUGUUAAUAAAGGCCUGUUGUACCUGUAACAAAUCUGUACAAUUUAGAUCUAUUUAAUAUAUUAAAACUGAAACUGGAAAUUGUAAUAAAAAUAUAUAGCAGA